CGUAUAUCGGCUUAUUUCUAUCUGUAAAGGUAAAAUUGAAAAAAAAAAAAACUUAAUUCUAUCUUGAUUUGUAAUUUGACAAAUAAUAUUUGAGAUAACUAUUUUUAGUAAAAUGGAUACAAUAUAAGAUAGAAAGAGUAGCGAGGACAAAAUAAUAUCUGGUCAAUCUCCUCAUUUUCUUAAAAUUUUAUAAUCUUUUAUAAAUAAAGUAAUUUAUUAAGAAUUUGGGAGGCAAAAUUCGAAAUUCGAAUUUAAUUUCGUCCCCUUCAGUUGAACCCUAGCGACAUUCUUCCAACAGCACCCAAUUUGCAGAAGAAAGGCACUCUAAAAAUGUCGAGAUUUGAUUACCCAACGUUGCCCCGACAAGACAUCAUCGCAGUAUUAGCGGAAGCUCAAAUAGCCUCCGUCUCCGAUGAAGAUCUCAUCAAACCUACUCCCGACUUUGUCACUAAACUCUACUCCAGCAUUCUUCUUCACAUCGACACUCUCCAGGAUGAUCAUGACCAGGUGGAUUUUUCGGCAUUGGAGCUCCUUGAGAACCCGGAUCUUCAUGUCGACUCUUUUCGGACCAUUAAUUUGUUUCAUAAGAUAAGGGAGAUGUUGGCUGCUUUGGAUUGUCCUGAGAUAUUUACUCUCAGGGAUUUGAUCAAGCCUGAACCUGAUCGCACCAGGUUCUUUGUCGGAGCUAUCCUCAAUUUUUGUCUUCACAGGGACACUAAAUUAAAUGCUAUACGACCGACUGUGGAAGAGCUGACUCUCAUAGAUGAACAACGGCUAACUCUGGACGCUAGAAUAUCUCAGUUAAAUGGAGAGAUUGCAGAGCAGAAUGAAUUAAGAGAAAGGGAGAUGCCUCUUGUUCAAGAAAUAGAUUCUAAUGUUAAGGACCUGAGGCAAACAAUUUCUGGUCUUAACAAUCACCAAAUGUCCUUGAAGGCCUCAAUAAGAAAACUCAAGGAGAGGGCUAAAGAGAUGGAUGAAAAGAUUUCUAAUGCAGACUUUGCAUUGGUACAAGCUGUUCAUGACAAUGCCAAUUUACGUUCUAAGAUUGUCCAAUCACCAGAUAAGCUUCAGAAAGCACUGGAGGAAAAGAAAUCAGUUCAAGCUGAGAUAAGGAAUGCUGAAAGAGCAGCAAUGCAGUCUUUUCAAAAUAAAACUGCAAUUCUUGAGGUUUAUACAAAGGCUUACAAGAAAAUGUCCAAGAACUUCAAUCAGAUGCAGGCUAUACAGGAGCAGGUUAAUUCAACUAAAUCUAUUGAGAAAGAUGUUAAAGUUCUCAAACUAAAGCUGAGUGACGAGGAAGUACUUGAAAAGUCCCUUGAAGCUAAACUAGUUGAAAGGCAAGGAAAAGUGGACCAAUUGGAAGAAUUAAGAAAGCAAUUAGAGAAAGAAAGAGAUCUUAGUUAUGAGGAGGGUGCCAAAGAAUUGAAAAAUGUAAAGUUGGAAGUGGAAUCAAAGAGACAUGGUCUUGAAGCAAGGCAACAUGACUUGGAAGGUGUACUUUCAGAGGCGGAUGCAAUAACUGAAAAAAUUAACUCUGUAAGGGAAUCUGGAGCAUCUAAAUGCCAAGAAUUGGGCCGUAAUUGCGAAGAAGUCAUAGCAGAGGUACAACUAUCUCGACAUUUGUGUUCUACAAAUCUAUUUUGUUUUAUCGCCACUCAAACUCAAUCAGAGACUUACUACCGUACAUUGAAGUGGAUCAGACAGUUGUUGAGAAAAGGAGUUGAUCUUUUAUUAUAUUAUUAUAGUGAACCAGAGCAGUUCUACUGUAACAAUUUGAGAAGAGAGGGAAAAACCUUCAUGAUUCAGAUUUAAGACUGCAACAUGCGAGGACUGAAGACCCGAAAAGAAAUCACAUGUACAUACUGUAUUCGCUUGCCUUGUAGGCAUGGGCUGUUUCUCAAUCUGUUUUUUGAUAGAAUCAUGUCCACAGUUGUCUAUAUUUUGCCUAGGUUGGACAUUUUAGUGUAGACACAUUGUUUUCAAGACAUCAUUGAUUAAACAAAUCGCGUGGCGCUUUUUCUCCCCUUUGAA